GGCGCUGCUCGCGGCGGUUCCGGCGCGGCGUGAGGAGGCGGUGCGAUGGGGUCGCGGCCGGUCGUGCUGUUGCUUCUCUGCGCCCUCUGCCUCGCCCCGGCGCGGGGCUCUGAGGACAUCGUCGUGGGCUGCGGCGGCUUCGUCAAGUCCGACGUGGAGAUCAACUACUCCCUGAUCGAGAUAAAGUUAUACACAAAACAUGGUACUCUGAAGUACCAGACAGACUGCGCCCCAAACAAUGGGUAUUUCAUGAUUCCCCUCUAUGAUAAGGGGGAUUUCAUACUUAAGAUUGAGCCUCCUCUAGGGUGGAGUUUCGAACCAACCAGUGUAGACAUCCACGUGGAUGGCAUUAAUGACAUUUGCACAAAGGGAGGUGAUAUUAACUUUGUGUUCACGGGAUUUUCUGUGAACGGAAAGGUUCUCAGCAAAGGUCAGACAUUAGGUCCAGCUGGAGUCCAGGUUGUACUGAGAAAUGCUGGCAGUGACAUAAACAUGCAAACAACUGUUACCCAACCUGGAGGAAAGUUUGCGUUCUUUAAAGUGCUUCCUGGCGAAUAUGAGAUCUUUGCAUCUCAUCCUACCUGGAUGUUGAAAGAGUCGAACACGGUGGUACGGGUGAUGAGCUCUAAUGCUUAUGCUGCCAACCCUCUGAUUGUUGCUGGCUACAAUGUUUCUGGGUCAGUAAGGAGUGAUGGAGAACCAAUGAAAGGGGUCAUGUUUCUCCUUUUCUCUUCUUCUUCGGUCACUAAAGAGGAUGUUGUGGGCUGCAAUAUUUCUCCUGUGGAUGGAUUCCAGUCAAGAGAUGAGUCUCUAUCCUACCUGUGCAAUGUUGUAUCAAAAGAAGACGGAUCUUUCAGCUUUCUUUCUCUGCCAAGUGGGAAAUACACUGUGAUACCAUUCUACAGGGGAGAGAGAAUUACCUUUGAUGUUGCUCCAUCUAGGUUAGACUUCCUUGUAGAGCAUGACAGUUUACAAAUUGAGCCUGUUUUCCAUGUGAUGGGUUUCUCUGUCACGGGCAGGGUCUUGAAUGGUCCCGAAGGAGAAGGAGUUGCUGAUGCCACUGUGACUCUGAACAAUCAGAUUAAAGUAAAAACAAAAGCUGAUGGCUCUUUCCGCCUCGAGAACAUAACAACAGGUACAUACACAAUUCAUGCCAGGAAGGAGCAUCUCUUCUUUGAUACUAUUACAGUGAAGAUUGCACCAAAUACACCGCAGCUAGCGAACAUCGUUGCAACAGGAUUCAGUGUGUGUGGCCGGAUCUCAGUAACUCGUUUCCCUGACACGGUCAAACAGAUUAGUAAAUACAAGGUCACAAUGAUGCCUCAAGAAAAGGACAAAGCAUCAUUGGUUACAACAGAAACUGACCCUCAUGGAGCAUUUUGUUUUAAGGCCAAAUCGGGUACAUACAACGUUCAGGUAGUUAUUCCAGAGGCUGAGACCAGAGCAGGAUUGGCUUUGAAACCCAAAAUGUUCCCCGUUACUGUUACAGACAGACCAGUAAUGGAUGUGACCUUCUCUCAGUUUUUGGCAUCCAUCUCGGGGAAGGUCUCUUGUUUAGAUGCUUGUGGUGAUCUGAUGGUGACAUUACAGUCUGUGAGCCGCCAGGGUGAAAAACGCAACCUGCAGCUCUCUGGAAACAUGGACUCAGUGGCCUUCACAUUUGAAAAUGUACUACCUGGCAAGUACAAAGUAAGCAUUGUACAUGAAGACUGGUGCUGGAAGAAUAAGUCUUUGGAGUUGGAAGUCAUGGAGGAAGAUGUUUCAGGAGUAGAAUUCAGGCAGACUGGAUACAUGCUGAGGUGUUCUCUUUCUCAUGCAAUUACACUGGAAUUUUAUCAGGAUGGAAAUGGACCAGAGAACGUUGGUGUUUAUAACUUGUCCAAAGGAGUUAAUAGAUUCUGUCUUUCAAAGCCAGGUGUAUAUGAAGUGACUCCACGUUCCUGCCACCAAUUUGAACACGAGUACUACACCUAUGACACAUCCUCUCCUAGUAUACUGACGCUUACUGCGGUUCGACACCAUGUCCUUGGCACGAUUGUAACAGAUAAACUGAUGGAUGUGACUAUUACCAUUAAAUCAUCCAUUGAUAGUGAACCUGCCUUAGUUUUAGGGCCCUUGAAAUCUGUACAGGAGUUACGUAGGGAGCAGCAGCUGGCAGAGAUUGAGGCCCGCCGACAGGAGAGGGAGAAGAAGGGUCAAGAGGAGGAAGGAACCAAGCCACCAGUGCAAGAAAUGGUGGAGGAACUGCAAGGACCAUUCUUAUAUGAAUUUUCAUACUGGGCAAGGUCUGGAGAGAAAAUUACUGUGACACCGUCAUCAAAAGAGCUGCUUUUCUACCCACCUUAUGUGGAAACAGUUGUUAGUGGAGAGACUUGUCCUGGAAAGCUGAUAGAGAUUAAUGGAAAAGCAGGCUUGUUUCUGGAAGGGCGAAUUCAUCCUGAAUUGGAAGGUGUUGAGAUUGUCAUUGGUGAAAAGGGAGCAGCUUCCCCGCUCAUCACAGUUUUCACCGAUGACAAAGGUGCUUACAGUGUUGGGCCACUCCACAGUGACUUGGAGUAUACAGUUACUGCUCAGAAAGAAGGGUUUGUUUUGACUGCAGUAGAAGGAACAGUUGGGGACUUCAAAGCUUUUGCUCUUGCUGGAGUGACAUUUGAGAUCAAAUCAGAGGAUGACCAGGCUCUUGCUGGAGUUCUUUUGUCUCUGAGUGGAGGAGUGUUUCGGUCCAACCUCCUUACACAGGAUAACGGCAUGCUGACUUUUUCCAAUCUGAGCCCGGGACAGUAUUAUUUUAAACCCAUGAUGAAAGAGUUUCGCUUUGAACCGUCAUCACAAAUGAUUGAAGUGCAGGAAGGACAGAAUCUUAAAAUCCGGAUUACUGGUUACAGAACAGCUUACAGCUGCUAUGGCACAGUGUCUUCUUUAAAUGGAGAGCCUGAGCAAGGAGUCUCAGUAGAAGCUGUGGGCCAGAAGGAUUGUAGCAUCUACGGAGAAGACACGAUAACUGAUGAAGAGGGCAAGUUCAGGCUACGUGGCCUUCUGCCUGGCUGUGUGUAUCAUGUCCAACUCAAAGCCGAAGGCAACGAUCACAUCGAAAGAGCUUUACCACAGCAUCGCGCAAUUGAGGUUGGGAACAGUGACAUUGAUAAUGUUAAUAUUAUAGCAUUCCGGCAAAUUAAUCAGUUUGAUUUAAGUGGAAAUGUAAUUACAUCUUCUGAAUAUCUCUCCACAUUAUGUGUGAAGCUCUACAAAAGUGAAAAUCUUGACAACCCAAUUCAUACAGUCAACUUAGGCCUAUCGCUGUUUUUUCAUUUCCCACCACUGCUCCGAGAUGGAGAGAAUUAUGUGGUGCUCCUGGAUUCUUCGUUGUCUAAAUCACAGUACGAUUACACACUGCCUCAAGUCUCCUUCACUGCUAUUGGAUAUCAUAAACACAUUACACUGGUCUUUAGUCCCACUAGAAAGCUGCCUGAACAAGAUAUCGCCCAAGGGUCUUAUAUUGCGUUACCACUGACGCUGCUUCUUUUGUUGGCUGGUUACAACCAUGAUAAGCUUAUUCCCUUACUGCUACAGCUGACAACUCGACUGCAAGGAGUACGUGCUCUUGGACAGACAGGUUCUGACACUGGUGGCUCGGAGGAUGCAAAGAGACAAAUGAAAAAACAGAAGACAAGACGCACGUGAGGUGAAAGGCACGAUUGCAUGAAGUGGUGCUCUGUCAAACUGGAGCCUGAGGAAGCAAAGACACUAAAACGCAUUUUCGUUGAAUUUGCGGACUUCACAUUUUUGCUGUUGCUACAUGAGUGCCAUUUGUCACACCAACUCCAUUUUGGUUGUAAAUUUUCUAUGGAGUCUAUAGAUUUCCUUGUAAAAUAUGAAAUGAAUGCCUCUCUUGUCACUGUGAGUGCAUCUCCCAUACUUGAAGACAAUUCACGCGUUUUCAGUGGCACGUCAUGCUGUCUUCAUUAAUGAAUUGUAAAAGCAGUGCUAAUAAACUGCUUGACUUAAAUUUCAGUCUCAAGAUUUUGGAAUAAUUUUUCCUUAGGUUUUGAAAUGCCUACUUUACAGUAGCCGCAUGUAGGGAUUUUACUACAUCAGUGGUGCUUGGAACAAAGUUUUGAGGGACAUACAUGAACUGGUGAAUUAUCUCUUUGGUACUUCUAGUUCAGCAGCUUGAUUGAAGAGUCUGUCAUCUGCACAGCUGUGAUUUCAGUUCUUAUCCAAUGGUUAUGUUAACUUUGAUUAAAAUCAAGGUUUUGCCCGAUGAAGACAAAUGGUUAAUGUCAGGUAAGGCUGGUUGUUAUUGUCAGGUAAGUUCUGUUGAUCCUACUGCAACAGCAGUGUUUAAAUUGCAUUUUCAUAAACAGUGUGAUCUCUUUAGACCUUGUGUAUUCCUGAAGUGGCUCCAGCUGGUUGCACUAGUCUUUCCAAAGCUCUCCAGUGAUGUUGGUGAUACCCAUUCACCCGUGUGGCUGUCAUAUCCCGCUCGGGCCACGUGCAGCCUUUUUGCCCAUUGAUGACUAAUUUAAAUUUCUUUUUACUUUCUUUAAUGUUAAGAAACGUGAGCUUUUCAAAGUCUCCAGUGUGUACAGUCCCCACAAGGUUGUCUAUAAUAAAUAACUGCUUCUUACAGGCUAUUUUUUGAUUCUUGUUUGAAGUAGACAGUUGGAUGUACACAGUUUAAAUGUUAAUGGGGCUUUUUAUUGACAUAUAGUACAAAGGUUAAUAGAGCUUUUGAAAGAUGCACGUAAAUGCUUACACAUAUUGCAAAGACAGUGGUACUGCCAGUAAGUGGCAAUGUUUCUCUUUUGUUGUACUUGAUAUAAAGCCCCUUUACAUUUAAAUAUUUAAAGAUUACAAACCCUACUGUUCUUAGAAAUUUAGACACUAAAGCUUUAGGCUAUUUUUGUUGUUAUUUUGCAUUAGUAUGGUCCUAAAUAAUUAAAACUUAAUUGGUGAUCAUUCUAAUCUCUCUGAGGGAAAUUCUAUCUAGAUCAUAAUAAAAAAGAAUGUCAAUACCAUCUAUGUAUAGAGUUCAAGGUGAAGCUCUGAAAGUAUGCUUCCUACCUAAUGACCUUGAAUUUUAUAUUGCUGUGAUGAAAUAUUUGGGGAAAAGACAGAGUGUGGUAGGGUUUAACAAUAAAUUGUACAUUUUCAAUACGUCUUUAUUUCAAGCUGGUGGAUGUUAAGAAAGGUAUUGCUACUCUGGGGGAAUGUACGAGGCAGAAAUGCCUGUGUCCACGUGCCUUGAGAGGGCUACCAGAUAUUGUGACCUCGGAACUGUGGAACCUGCCGAUGAUUGACCUUAAACGUUGGAAAUGCUGUUAAUAAAAAGAAAACA